UGUAGUGUGUUUUAUUUGCUACACGCAGGUCAAUAGAUUGAUGUGACGUGAUCCUGGAGGCAGACGGAGGCGAGAUAGUCGGAAUGGAUGUGAUGGUUUUGAACGAAAGAAUAUAAAUAAAUUAUGUUUGUGAUUAUGAUUUGUUAAGCUUCCGCAAUAUUGAAAACUCUGUACUGUUUAUGAUAUGAAAAAUAUUAUUAUGAUAAAUAAAAGUGUUUGAAAAGUUUUAAAUUUUACGAUUACCAAGUUAAUACUUUAGUCCGAAAGGGGCUGCAGACCUGGACGGAUUAGGGUGUUACAGGACCUGUCAUAUAAUGGGAUAUAUGGUGGCUCAAAAGGGGGGAUAUGACAAGUUAACAAAGUUAGUGAUACAAUGAGCCGUACCUGAAGUGGGGAUCGGAGUGGAUGUACAAGUCGGUGUACCACGAACAGUGUGCAUGACAAAAUCCCGGAGAUGCGAGGGAGGACGCCGUUCACGGUGGCUGCGGCGAUUGGGGUCCCCAUCUUGAGGAACGGCUGGGAUUGGCGGAAGACUGGUGGUGGAUUCUUGAGGAGGUGGAGAGGUGAUGUUUAUGUCAGCGGCAAUACCUCCCCUUCCAUUGCGCCUGCCAGUUUGUGCGCCACUGCCGCCGCGACUGCCUCCACGUCCGCCACCAUGCAUGCGUGGUCUGUCCGCCCACCACUCCGGGUACCCGAUUAUUUGGAAACAGCUGCUUAUUUCGUGUCCCGUCUGCCCACAGUGCUUGCACUUGAGGCUGUUAUCCCGAGUUGGUCUUCCCGCAGCUACGGCGAAACCCAUAGGGGCAAAGAGAAGUGGCAACAAAAGAUUUCCAAUGGUCAAGAAAGUAUUUUGCUAAAGGAUGUUGAUAAAUCUCUUCAUAUUGAUGAUUUUGGAAUGAAUGAUGAUAGACAAAGCUUUGAUCAAAAUCUUCGUCAGGAAACAAUUUUCACAAAUGAGGUAAUUGAAGUGGAUAAUAAUGAUGAUAUCGGCAGCAAAUACAUUGAGAAACGUCCUUUGAAGGAUAUUGUAAGUAAAGUAUUUGUUUUGCCCUCAGAGAAGCUCACCGAUUCAAAUUAUCCUGCAUGGUCUCUCAAUGUCAAAACUGCUCUCGAGGCCAACCUUCUUCUUGGUUGGAUCGAUGGUCAUGAAGCUGCGCCUCCAAAAAUCCUAUCCAAGGAUGGCAAGGAAAACCCUAACCCAGAAUUCCAAACAUGGAUUGUGAUUGAUACUCAGAUCCGUGCAUGCCUUCUUGCCGUCAUCAGUCCGUCUGUUCACAAGCAUGUCCGCAACUUCACCACAUCUGCCGAUCUAUGGAACGCUCUCGCUGCCCGGUAUAAUUCUGUUUCUACUGCUCACAUCUAUCAACUAUGGGACAAACUUCACACACUCCGAAAAGGUACAAAAACUAUCACCCAGUACCUUGAUGAAGUUGCCACUACCCUCACCGAUUUGGAUGCUCUCAACGAGAUUCCGCCUCCGGAGUUUCUCACUCUGCACUGUAUACAAACAGCGAUCGAGGCCGCGGUCGAGGAGGACCGAACGGUCGACCGUUUUCUGGGCGAGGAUCUGGAUCCGGUCGCGGCGGUCGAAGCAACGGAAGGGGGGGAGGCCGCGGACCUUCACGCGAUCUUCCAGUAUGUCAGAUCUGUUCAAAGCGUGGCCACUCUGCUGCUACCUGCUAGUACCGCUAUGAUGAUUCUUCUACUGAGAGCAACUCGGCUACCAAUUCUCGUGCUAUGCAUGCAACCACAAGCAACCAAACUGGUGAUUGGUACCUUGAUACAUGUGCUAAUACUCAUGUUACGCAUGAUAUUUCACAGCUGCAAACUCCGACUCCCUACCAUGGCACUGAAACUAUUACUGUAGGUAAUGGUCAUACUUUACCCAUCACUCACACAGGUUCAGGCUCAAUUCACACCCCGAAUGGUAAAUUUCACCUCCACUCCCUUAAUCAUGUUCCCUCCCUUACUUCAAACUUACUGUCCGUUCACCGCUUUACCAAAGAUAAUAAUUGCACUCUUGU